AAUCGUCGUUCGUUUGUUGUAGUGUUUGCAUUUCCAGUAGCAAUCUUUACCAGAACAUAAAGAGUUAGGUAGUGUGAUCGGAAUCGCAUUCCGGAAACACAGUUAAACCUUUCAAUAUUGUGUGUGUGUGAUGAAGCAACGACAAGUGUUUAUGAUGUGAGACACAGGUGCACGGAAUAGAAUAUUCACGACGACAGCAUUUAUUGUACUCGUGGGAAUGCUUGUUCGCGUGAUGUUAUCCUUUACCAAGGAUCGACAACUCACGGGCGAGACUGUGUGUGACUGUGCUUUAACCUAAAAUUUGAUGCCCGUGUCGGAUGGAAAGUUCGGUGCAGCGUGGAGUAAAUCUCGGUGUUACUUAAUCAAAUGCAUACGUAAUCGUUUGGUGGAGAGGAGUUCGUCGCUAGUGAACAGAAACAAAGUCCGGGUUUGCUAUACGUUGGUGAGAGUGCGAUCUGUUCAAAAGGAUUGUUUUAAUGUGCCGAGUUCGAUUGUUGAAAUUUUUAAAACGUGUCCAUGCUUAUAGAAUUUAGGCUUUCGAAACACAAAACCCAACUGCUGGUGCUUCGGUUUAAAGCUAUCCUUCGUACCAAAGUAAAACGAUAUUGAAAAAUUCAACAUCACCAGGAAACAAAUCAUCUCACACAAAUACGGAGCUCGAGCUAGUUGAGCGUAAAAGUUUCCUCCUGACUCCGAGUUCAUCCAAGACCACAACUUUGCCUUUGGAGCAACAGAACUGCUACUAGACUUCACUUCCCAUCCAUUUGCGUCGUGGAACGGAACACCACAAAUAGUUUGAACAACCCCCGUCUACAAGCUCACCGAUAUACAGGGAACCUUGCGUAAGGAAUAUAGAACGGCAGCCGCUACAAUUAUACCAACCCACGAUCGUAGUGACACAAUGAAGAAGCGCGAGAACGAUUUAUGACUCGUAAAUCCCGGAUCGGACACCGGUUGCAAGUACACCGUGACGACCCAUUGCCUACCAGAAGCAGCAUCGACGAUAACCACCUACAUCACGCCCACACCCAGAUCACCGACAAUAGAGCCGGCACCUACACCAUCAACUAUACUACCACCGACCACCACUCCUCCCAUCGUUUCGCCAUCCCUGCCCACGCCGGAAACACCGAACCCGUGCACCGAUCCUGACACAGUUCCUGCCGCUCUGGACGAACGCAUCGCGAAUCCCACGGAAGACAAUAAUAAGCUGAACGGCGGUGAAAUCGGUGAGCGUCGGAGAAGCUCCUUUUUCGGCAGCAUCCGAGCAGCAGUUCGAGGCAGCAAACAACCGGUAACGUCAAGGAACGAAGCGCCCAACAGUGACGAACUGCGAGCUGCAGCAUCGCACCACCUCCAACACUCCAUCAUCGUGGAUCUCGGACGGGAAGAGUACACGCCCGAGAAAACGACGGCCGCCAAUAUUACUUCCACCGGCGCCGCCGCUGCUACCACCAGCACGGCGAACAGCUACUCCCGGAACAAGUCAACCACACGCAGCUGGCCGGUAAUACACCGGAACAAUUCCUACUACCGCUACCAAUCAUCGAGCGGCAGCGGUGGUGGUGGUGGUGGUUGUGGUGGAGCGGCCAGCGGCGGUGGCCUUCAAUUCUCGGCCAAUCGGAGACAGCCCACAUCGCAGCAGCAGCAGCAGCACGGCUAUCUGCAGUACGACUACGAUGCGCCCCUGCUACAACAGCACGGUGUAAAUUACUGCCCGCCCAAUGAUACGAACAACAACACGCUGCUCGGUUACGGCACUGCAACGGGCAACGACUACCAUCUGCUAGCGAGCGGCCACCACUACCCAUCCUCCGGUGCACCACCGCAACCACCGGACAAGUCUCCCAGCAUCGACAGUUGUUACUAUUACCAGCAUUACGGCAGCAUGCAACCUUCGGCAACCACCACCAUCAUGGCCACCACAACCACCAGCAGUACCGGGCCGGGCGGCGGUGUUGCCACUACGACCACCACGACCAACAGCUCCGGCGCUGCCGGCCACCAACAGACACCAUCCGGCAACGGGACGUGCUGCUCGAUACCGCCACCGAUUAUGUUCCUCUUCCUCACGCUGCUCAUGACGUCCAGUGCUACCGCGAUGCUGUGUGCGGCCAUCAUGACCGAUCACUGGGAGCACGUGUCCUGGGACCGUACCAGUCUCGACCGGAUCAGCAACGAAACCGCUAUCGAGCUGCACUGGUACUUGGACGGACGGGCAGCGAAGAUCCCGCUUAAAGGCAAAGGUCUGCCAGCGAAACAUCACCCGCCGCCUCAUCACCAUCAGAGUGGGCUGAAGGGAGGACCCGCUACACCACCGCCGGUAGUCACCGAUAAUCGGGCCGGCGUGUUUCUGGUCCCGAUGAACGGUGGCAUCUGGACGCUGUGCAUCGAUCUGACGCCGGACGAGAUCCGCACCAUGUCGAACGAUGGCUUCCCGCAGGUGGAUCAGUGCGUGAACUAUCUCGCCGGUACGAUGGAGAGCGCACAGGGCAACGACGAGGAUGCGAGGGCCGAUUGGCAACACAGAAUGCAGAAUCUAUCGAUUUCCUGCUCGCUGGUGUGUUUAAUCAUACUCGGUAGUGCGGCACUGGUCGGUGCGUUCGGUGUUUGCCAGCGCCAAAUCAGUGCCGUGCUGGUGACAGGCGUUAUGUACCUGCUGGCAGCGCUCUUUGCCUUGUUCACGUUAAUGAUCAUACACUUCAAGCGACAGCAGGGCCGUCCGCUGCUCGACAGCGACUUCGACGGUACCAUCGAUGGUGUGGUGGCCAUCAAGGGUACGGCUAGGGCCGCAUCGAAGUUCCUUGGCGCCCGAAUAUUCGUCACCGCCUGGAGCCUGGACCUCGGGUGGGGCGGUGUGGUGCUGUGCGCCUUCACCUCGUUCCUGUGGAUUUUGCUCUCGAAAAUCAUGCGCUUCAAUCCACUGUCGGCAAUGAUUUGAUGAUUCAAAUUUAAGUUCAACAAGGUCGCCGUCUACAACAUCACCUAGCUGCGCGGCGACCUGCACCCUCCCAUCAUCAUCGAUCGAGCGCACGCAAUAUGCUGGUGAGGAAUGUUUCGUCAUUUUAAAAGGUGGGCCCCCCCCCCCCCAUUCGCAACAGGCCCUAGCCUAGCUCAAUCUCAUCCCAGGUGACAAACAGCACCUGAACCAUUUCUUUGUGAUAACAUUUCGAUCAUCAACAAUCGCACAAUUUAUCAGUACUGUUCUACAGCUACUACUCUCCUUAGAGAUUGUGCCCAUUCGGCCGUACCAAGGGCGGGUGGGUAUCGUCAUCAUUUCAUCUACCCCCGUGUUUUGGUAGCUCAUAUUCGCUUAUACACUUUUUAUGCGCCAGUUUUACACUUUAUACAUUCGACUAUGCCUUCUAUGCCUACGAUCGUGCUGGUGAGUCGGAUAGCGUUCGACAGCUUGGAGGAUAGGUUCACGCACGCGCUUGCUAGUACCGGUAGUACCCGGUGGUCCUUCAUCUUCGUCUCGUAGUGGCUUAUCUUUAACGCUAAAAGAAUCUAGAAUUUAACUACCAAUUCAAAAACCAACUUACACGUAGCGGUAAACAUUUAAUCUAAUGCUCCAACGGCAUUAAAAGGGAAAUGAAAGUAUUGAAAACAGAAAUAGUGAUGAUAGUGUGCGAUAGGCGGCGGACGAUUAGAAGCGAAUAUCUCUUAGCCUGAAACGAUGGCUCGUUUUGAAUUUCUAAACAGAACCAAAUCAAAGUUAGAAACACACACUACGUUCUCCUCUUGUGGCGAGAAACAUUGUAUGGUUUGUUAAGUUUUAAUCAAUAUUUUAUCGAGAAGACAAAUUUAAGCUCCCGAAAGGGAAACAGUGAUGAAAAGAUACAGAGAAUGCGUCGACAGACUGUACGAAUCCUAUACAUUAUUGCAGACACACUUUACACAAGAAACAUUUAAACACGAAAGGAAAGGAAACAUAUAUAGGAAUAGAGCAACAGGACUUAUCUACACAUUCUUGUACAGAGGAGUGCCGGUAUAAAAGGCCGGCUCUAGUUAAAUAUCUUAGCGCAAUGCUUUCAUUGCCUGUGCAGCAUCAUAUAGAGCGGGAACAACGGUUCCCGAUUCCUUGGUAUCAUUUCGUCUCCCUAGAACACCACCGCCCCUGACUACUCGCUUACGUUUGAGCCAUACAUGCGGUAGGUUUAAGCAAAUUACCAUUACGUCUACUCACAGCCGAGGAUGACGGUACGUGCAAUUCGGUACAACAUUCCGAGCUUACACAUUAAUUACAACGGUUUGUACGCGAUCAGAUGGAUCCAGAUCCAGAAGAGGUACCCCCGGCAGACAACUCUUGGACCCGGUGGUUGCCGCCAGCACUGGAGCGAUAUUGCCACUCUCAACCAAUUACCGAAUAUAGUUUAUGUAAAAGCUUUGCCUUAUAAAAAACGUAAGUGGAAACAAAGGAAGGUGCAGAACAAGAGAUUCUCUAUAUAUACAGAUAUACAAGAAUAUUAAUUAUACAAAUAUAAAACUUCUGCGAAUUAUGAUGCAUGAAAGCGCGAUGCUUUAGAAUAAAAAGAAGAAGAAAAUAUCACACCGAAGCCA